ACCUUUAAGAUUUUUUGCUUUCGUGGGCUCCUGCGAAAUAAUUCUCCCCAUCCAAAAAUAGACGUAGUAUAGUUAUGUCUAAGAAUUACAUAAAAGUGCUUUUGGAUCCUUUUCGUGAGAGUAAAGUGUUAGGAUCGCUGCUGAAGUGGCUGCAGCCGGCCGCGAGUGAUGGUUCUGGGGUGCAUAGGGGAGGGAAAGAUGAGGUCCCGGCGGGCCGGAGCGGCGCGGCGCAGUACAGUUCGGGGGUGCGCAAGGUGACGCUGAUCCCGGGCCACGGCAUUGGGCCCGAGAUCACGGUCGCCGUGCAGAAAAUCUUCGAGGCUGCGAAAGUCCCCAUCGAGUGGGAUGAGGUCGACGUCACAGCUGUCAGGGGUCCCGAUGGCAAGUUCGGUAUCCCACAGAAAGCCAUUGACUCUGUAAAUGCCAACAAAAUUGGUCUGAAGGGGCCUCUGAUGACCCCUGUCGGCAAGGGUUACCGGUCACUUAACUUGGCACUCCGUAAAGAGUUUGACUUAUAUGCUAAUGUCAGACCUUGCAAGAGUUUAGAUGGUAUCAAAACGUUAUACGACAACGUGGACGUGGUGACGAUCCGUGAGAACACUGAGGGCGAGUACUCGGGUAUCGAGCACGAGAUUGUGGACGGCGUCGUGCAGUCCAUCAAGCUGAUCACCGAGGAGGCCAGCAAGCGGGUCGCCGAGUUCGCGUUCCAGUUCGCGCGCGACAACAACAGGAAGAAGGUCACCGCCGUGCACAAGGCUAACAUUAUGCGUAUGUCAGACGGUCUUUUCCUGCGGUGUUGCCGCGAGCUGGCAACCAAGUACCCCGACAUCAAGUUCGAGGAGCGCUACCUCGACACUGUCUGCCUCAACAUGGUGCAGGACCCCUCCAAGUUCGACGUACUGGUGAUGCCGAACUUGUACGGUGACAUCAUGUCGGACAUGUGCUCGGGGCUGGUGGGCGGGCUCGGCCUCACGCCCUCCGGCAACAUCGGCAAGAACGGCGCGCUCUUCGAGUCUGUGCACGGAACUGCCCCCGACAUCGCGGGUAAGGACAUGGCCAACCCCACUGCCCUCCUGCUGUCCGCCAUCAUGAUGCUCCGUCACCUGCAGCUGAACGACCACGCGGACCGCGUGCAGAACGCCUGCUACGAGGUCCUCCGCGAGGGCAAGUCCCUCACCGGAGACCUCGGCGGCAACGGCACGUGCAGCGGCUACACCAACGCCAUCAUCUCUAAACUUAAUUAGGCUGUAUGAACGUCCCCCUUGCCUGUAUAGAAUAAUGGAGGAACGAUGCCUCGAGCAUCUUGAUUCGGCCAAAAAUACAAUAAAAUUGUAUUCGGUAAACAGUAACUACCAAAGCUUACUGUUACGUUAGAUAAGUAGUCGAUUUCAAUAGUAGUUUUACUCGCAGUAUUGCUAUGCAAUCUUAGUAUUUAUAUCAAUAAUUGAGAUAGAAUCUAUGUUACCAAAAUAUUGUAAAUAUUUUUUUAUUGUUAUAAAGAAUCCAAUGGAGUCUAAGGGUAGCUUGUAGAAGAUGGUACAACAGACAUUUAUAUUGACGAUAUUUAUUUUUCCUCGAACGUCCACAAUCUCAUCAAAAUGUGUAAGAACACGAAUUCGCAUUAUAAAAUUAAAGUUAUAAACUGUG